AUGUCUUCCUCAAGUCAACGAUAUUUGGACAAGAAGCGAAAGGUGGCAAGAAGAGCUUGUUUGACAUGCCGAGAGAAAAAAAUAAAGUGCGACGGAGAGUUUUCGAUCGCAGAACCAGGUUCGGCGUCAGACGGCUUGUCCAAGACGACUUGUACCAACUGCGCCAACGCCGGCAUGGAAUGCGUUUUCGUUGCCAGUCAGAGGGGUGGCCGUCGUGUCGCUGGCAAAACCGCUGCAAGCCAGUCGCACAGCGAGCCGAGAGACAGCGAACAACCUCACUCCUUCAAAAUUUUCCCUCCCAAUGCCCCCCCUGCUCAUGAUUUUCCUCACAAUACUCCCCAUCCUCCUCCCCCUCCUAAUUUUCGUCUUCCUCCACCUUCCACGGGCUACGACUACAAUUUCUUUCCACCUCCACCACCUCCACCUCCACACCACUCUCCCCAUAAUUUUGCUCACUAUCACCAUCCUCCCUCUCACCAUCAUUAUCCCCACCAUCCCUACCCUCCCCAUCACCAUAAUAAUUUUUACCGCCGUCAUCAACAACAUCAAUUUCCUGGACCAUUUUCACACCCUCAAGACCCGUAUCUUUCAGACUCUCAUUCUCCCGUGCCGCCAAAACCUCGUCGCGCUUCCCCGCCAUCGUUUUUUCGACCUUUAUCACCACCGGGAUCGUUCCUUUGGCGUCGCGAAUACCGUCAUCCGGAUCGUGAUGGAGAUUCGAGGGAUUUCUCCACGUCGUAUUCCAAAACGGGGAACGCUUCAGAGCAAUACAGAAACUCCUCCUCUGAUAUUGAUGGUAGCGAGACUUUUGGUCUAGGUUCCGUGGCUAAUAAGACAAUCUCCUCAGUUCUUGACCUCAGUGCCAGCCCUUCAUCGACGAACGCUAGUUCUCUAACAGCAAAACCAUCUAUAGAUAGUUCUGGGAAAUCGAAGCUGUCCUUAGCAGCAUUACUUGUGCCCGAAGUCUCCCCACGAGCUGCGGUUACGUCCUAUUGUGCAGCAAAAAGUCCAGCUCAAAAAUCUCCCGCUUUAAAAAAAGAGGUGUUGUCACUUGAAAGUGGAUAUUCAGACGAAGCUUUACAGGAAUUUGGAUUCUCAUCUUGGAACGACUGCUUGCUGGGUAUUGAUGUUUUCUACAAGAUCAUCCAUCCACAGUUUCCGAUACUUCCUUCUAAAAGUCAGUUUCAGGAAGAGUUUAGUCCAAUUCAUAACGCAGCCUUGUUACACUCACUUUUCUUGUGCGCUUCUCCAUACAUGCAAAACGAAAGGCUUAUGAAGAAAGCCUUUCAUCACAAAAUGAUAUCCGCUUUUUGGCACAGACUGGACCUUGUAUCUUCAUUGCAAACGUCGUUGUUACUGGCUUUUUACUACAUCAGGAGCGCUGAAAAUCGAGAUCGUGCAGAAGAGUUCCUCCUCAAGGCUGCAAAAAUAAUACAUUUUUCCCGUAUUCCAAAAAUGUUUGCCGAGAAUGAUCUGCAAGAGCUGAUGAAAGUGACCCCGCACAAAGUGGGACAGCAGAGAAAACUUUUGUUGGCUGCGUUGUGGAGAUUGUACUUUAUCGCGUACAUGGGUCGUCUCUACUAUGAUGACUCUGCUUUCUGCUCAGAUAUGACAUGGUCUGGUUCCAAGGCUCAGACAUUGCGCAAGCUUCUCAAUGUUGACGAGCUUCCGUUCCCAUCAAAAGAGGUUAUGAUAAGUCUCAAGUCCGAAAUGGAGGCCGCUUCAAUGCCCAACAUUAUUGACCGUAACACGAGAAGCUCAAACACAGCUUCACUACUUUGUGAUGCUAUCAGUCAGUGCAUGCAGCUCAUGUCGAACCCAAACUCUGAAAAGUCCCCAAUCCCCACACCAGCUCUUGAAUUGGCAGUUAAUUCGGCACUUGUUCGUUCUCAUGGAAGGAAAACUGUGAUAGAUUUUCAAACGCUAGAAGCAAAACUAGUCUUGCUAGCUAUGCAUAUCAAAAGAAUAUUAUCGAGUAUGUUUGUCAUGCCACGAUUCUGUGAGCAAGGUAUAGGCACCGAACAAUUCUUUGAAGCAUACUUGGCAGAGUACCAGGAGGUUUUACAAGGAAAUUUUCUUCGUCACUUCGAGAUUGAUAUGGCCCAGCUCAUCGAACUGUUCUUAGUUGUCCAAGACUGUACCGUGUUAUUGAAAAUAGCAAGCUCCGCUUUUUUGACGUGGUCAGAAAAUGGGUUUUUAGGAUCAAAAUCGAUGCUUAGCACGUCAGAGCAGUUUGACACUAGCGUUAACGAUUCUGAUUCUGCUCAAAGUCCUACCAUUCCCGACAAACUCUUUCCCGCUGAACAUUUAACAAGACUGCGGUUGGAGGGACAUCAAACAAAAAAUGCUCACAGCAGCAAAUUAGAAAACGUUUUCACACCAAGUCAGUUCAAGGAGUUAUGGAAGCAAUACCCGCCUCUUUUUCGAACAAUCAUGUGUCAAGUAAUUCCUCUGCAGGGUCUUCUUCUGACGUUUAGCAAGAUAUCAACUUUCUCGAGCGAUAAUCAAGUUCCACAACUAUUCUAUGCUGGCCAAGAAAAAUUAUUUUUAUCCGAUGAGGUUUCGAAUGCAGGCAUUUUCAAGGACAGAUCCAUCAGCUCAUUCAGGUUUGGUAUAGAGGCUGGCGAGUUGAAACGUAAGGGUGACUUCGUUACUCUACUUGAGUGUUUAUGUGAUUCAUCUUACAUGCUGAAUGAUUUAAAACUCUGCUUAGAAUACCUUCAUUUAGAUGCCUCGCUCUUCGAAGAAAACGGGAACAUUCUCCCCAAUAUUCGGACUAUGAGCAUCUGGGCGAAAACGUUAUUUCCUACUCCAUGA